UUUUGGCUCCAGCGCUUCGAGAAUUGUAUUCAGAGUUUUCUUUCAUUUUUAUCGCUAUUUACUUUAAGACUACAAUGUCCCAGUCUGUUGAUCGCCUCAGACAGUUAGAAGAGAUCGAGAAGGUUCGUGGAAUCAGUCCCAUUGGAGAAACGUUUUUUCAUGUAAAGGCUUGAGUCUUCUACACAUGGCACAUUUAAUUCAUUACUUACUUCAUGUUACUUCAUUUUAAGGAUAUCGUAAAAGUGAUCAGAAGCGCAGGAGAAACUUUAGAAGAGCUCUCUAAAGAGGCUCCUUCAGAGGACCGGAUCAACACAACAGCCACAAAGUUUCUGAAAUCAUUAGAGGUACAUUGUACAACUUCUUUAAGCAUAUUACAUUGGUGAAAGUUUGUACCAACUUACCUUCUUUUUCUUUUCACCUAGUAAUCGUGCCACCUUAUUAAGUGUCAAUUGAGAGUACAUUAAAAUUAGCCAUUUUAGGUCGAUUGCAGCCUACCACAGUGUCUUCCCCUUUCUCUACCCCCCUCCCAACCCCGAAAGGUCAGUGGCCAUCUACCAAUAACAUGGUUUGAAGUCCAGCAUUCUGCUGUGAACUCUAGCAGACAAAUAUCUAUGUUAUAGUAAACCCUUAUAGAUUAAAGUUUUUAGAUGUAGAUGUAGAUAAUCAGUAACUUUCUAAUGCUGACCAUCUCAUCUCACUUUCAUAGUAUUUUAGCCUGAGGAGAAACAGUGGAAACAUCACAACAUCACCACUGGUUCCCCUUUGAAAUGACUUCUGAGGAACAAGUCCAGAAUGUCCAUACUGAUGCUGUUUCACUACCCAGAUCUGGGUGGUGCUUCUGACAGGGGUGUAACAAUUAAUCGAAAUCUCGGUUAAUUGCAAUUAUGACCAUUCAGUUCAGUUCACGGUUCUUUGCUUCCACAUUUCAAUUUGGUUCGAUUAUAGUAGAAAAGUUGCCCUCACAACUUUAAAUACAACUACAAAAACCCUUAGUGUCAAAAUUUCUAGUGAAUUUUUUUCUCAAAUGAGCUAUUCUUUUUAAUAUAAAAUAACAGUUAUAAAAUGCUUUUCUAAUUGGUGUUUUUGACUGAGGAGUGAAGGAGUUCGCACACCAUUUUGUGUUGUGUGGUUAAAAUUUUGCCUUUCUACCACCCCUUGAGUGUUUCCAUGUGUCUGCUCCUUGUCAGUGUCACAUUCUCAAACAUCAUGCCGAACAAAGCAGUGCGGUUGAUGCCCCCUGGAAGUUUUCAAUCAUUUGGAAACAUUACGGCUUCCUUGUGAGUAAUGGUACAACAGAUUGGGUAAUCGAGUCGAAAUAUUCAAAAUUGAAAGACCAUAAUCGAAAUCGAAUCGAAUCAAAAGGUAUGUGAAUUGUUACACCCCUAGCUUCUGAUUGGUUGAAGCAAAUUUUCAACCAAUCAGAAGGACUGUCCAGAUCUGGGUAGUGACACAUUAUCAGCAUGGAAUUUCUGCAUUCAUUCCUGCAGACCUUCCAACCCCUAGACCAUGCAAAUCUGGAGUGUUUUAAAGGAAGGCCCCAAAACCUCGAGAUUGGGACCUCAAACCUGGAGCUCUCCAAAUAAUGUGUCAAAUAAAACCAAAAAAAUGAAGAUUAUUUUUGUCAUAGUAUUCUUUACCCUAUAGCUAUUAGAUAUGAUUUACUCCACUCACCUUUAAAUGUUAUAGGUUAAUUGGCUGUUCCAGCCGUGGAUUUUCUUUUCUUCGGAAGCUAAGGCCUUGAAUUCUUAGAGUCAGUUUCAGAUUCUGUUUCACUAUCCACAUCGAUAGGAUGUUUGAGUUUGCUAUAAGGCUUUCCCACACACCGUAGAUAACCUAUGUUUCACACUACACAGGAAUGAGGUUCGGAAUUGGACCCAGUUGUGAAUCACAACAUUCAUACCAGAAUUGUUUGGCAAUUUAAAGAUUUUCUAAUUCACCAUGAGAUUUGGGGCUAAAUCAUGAGAUUGUGAGACCCAUGUGAUGAGUUGACAGCCCAAGUCUGAUCCUGAGAUGUCAUUUAAACCAGUGGUGGUGUUGCAAAAGGUUGGCUGUUUUGUCAAUCUUAUAUCUUUCAAUCCCAGAACAGUACUACAGUCCUGUGAAUAUGUGACACCAGCAUAAGAAACUGUCAUAGUAAGAUCUUGUUACAAGUAUCGCAUGAAGUUGAGUUCCACUUUAAGGGUGUUGUAUAUUUCUGAUGGCUUGCUCUUUUUGUUUUUUGGAGAAUAACGACUUGUAAUUUAAAAAGACUCGCAUCUUUGUAGGGUGUAGAGAAAGGUCUGAGUGAACAAAUUGGAUACCUGACACAAGUCGCUACUGGUCAGCCACAUGAAGGAUCAACAUAUGGUGCUGAAAAGGUAUUUGAAGUUUAUUACAUGUAAGCUCCUCUGAUACCUCUCCCUAAAUUACAUUUUUUUUAGAGAUCUACUACAAGCUUAAAACUAGAACUCAUAACCUCUGUGUUUUGUGACGUUGAAAGUAUAAAGAAUAAAGGAACAGGUUUAUUUAUUUAUUUAUUUGUUUAUUUACAAACUUCACCAUGAGGCCUCCGGAAUACUCACAGAGCAAUUAAGCUCCACUAUGAGAUCCACAAAGGUUUACAUCAGUCAACUCUCUUUAAGAUGGACAUCUUUUGAUCCAGCACUAUUAAAGUGUCCAGAGUGAUGUCCUCGUUAUAGAAACUUCAUGAAACUGUUUUGUCCAAUCACAAUACCACUGCUAAAUACUUAUUAAUGAAACUAUUUAUUUGUUUAUGGACAUUUUGAUUAAAAUAAUAAUACUAUACAUUUUGUAUAAUGUGUUAUGUACUGUAGAUACUUUAUUAAGAAUUUAUUAUUUUAUUUAAUUUAUUUAGAUACUCAUUUUUGCUUUUUGAUUUUCCUUUUUUGUUUUUGUUUUUUGUUUAUUAUAGCUAAAUAUUUCUUUCCCUUUUUUCGCCUUCCCCCGCCUCGAUUAGAUUUUUUUUCUAUUUGUGAGGGAACCUUAAACGUUAAACUCUUUUGUAUUGUUGAUGUGUUCCUAAUGGAGAGUCAAAUAAAGGGAGUAAAAGAAAGCCAGGGACCAACUCAAGGUGUCUGUUUUACAGAGGUGUCCAUCUUUAAUUUGAAGUGUCUGUUAAGAAAGAGUCAACUGUAGACCUCAUCAUAAGGUUCCAAGUUAUUAGCAACUUUUAGUGACAUGGAUAGCUUUCAAUAAUAUUGAUGAACUUGCCAAACUUGAGAAAAUAUUUCAGCCUGUACUUGGUCUCCUCAGAGCUUUUCUGCAGUAUUUUGAUUUUGUAUGAAAGGAAUGCAUAUCUUACUCAGGGAUUAUUAGCCAAUCACAAGGUAUUUCUUGAGACAACAAUAAGUUCUAGAAGAUGACAUAUAUAUUUGCUUGCUAGGUGACAUAUAGUACGUUCCUUUUUGAAGUAGUGAAAGUGAUUAAUCUAAUCAAUGCCAUUUAUUUUUUUCUCCUUGCAGGAUUUUGAGCUGUUACGCUGUAGGACAAAGUCAGUUAAAAAUCAGUUGGUAGUUAUACGUGACCAAGGGACAAAUACAGCAUCACAAAGUUAA